UCCAUAACACACCAAAGGCAUCCUUUUGUCUCAACCAGCGCCGUUUGACCCUCGACUUCUCGUCACAUGUCAUUUCUACUGCAGGUUCCGCCCAUGACUUGCGACCUGUCGGAAACAUUCCGGUUCUCUGCCUGAGCAAUCCACGGUAGCUUUGGCUAAGCUGUCAUGGCUCCAGGUGGCGGAGGAAAGAGAAAGAGAAACGAACGAACUUGGUCUGGUGAUUCGGGAAUCGACGGCCAGCGGCCUUCUCCUCAUCGACCGAGCAAUCUAAGCAUGUCGCAGCAUAACUCCCCUCGCGAUCACUCCGACACUCGCGGACGUGGACGCCGACAAGGCAAUCGGGGAGGCAGGAAUAACCUUGGCCGAAGGCUUAGCAACGAUAGCCAGAACCAGGCUGGCGGUCGGAAGGACACUGCUAUGUCGCCCCCAAACACAACGCCUGCGAAAGAAACUUCGGAGCAGAAUCCGAUCAACGGCGCAUCCCCAGCGAUAAACCAGCCGCCACCUCCUCCAUCCCCUUCACCUGUUCCUUCGCAACCACAGUCGCACCCACCACCACCGCCGCAACUUCAAAUAUCCCAUGUUCCUCCCGUGAAACCUGCUGCUCCACCUCCCCCAUAUGAUUAUGAGUACGUGAAUGACAGUGUCAUUGACGCAUGGUCCUCUACGGGGAAGCAAAAGGUUGUCGAGGAUGGAACACAGGCAAAGAAUGAAGAGGAUAUCUUAAGGUUGGUCGCGAUAUACCAGGAGUUGAUCCGGAGCGCUUUUUAUGGACGGCUGUCUCCAACGGAUGCGGGCGCCGCAAUUAAGGAUAUUAUCGGAGAGAAUGUUGCUGCAGAAGAUAUCGAUAUGGAUAAUGGAGGACAGGCGACAACUAUCCUUGAUACCCGUUCAUUGUUCUUGGACACGUUAUCUAUAGUCGCCGACUCUGACACGUCAAACCCUGCCUUGAGGCCAUUGGUAUUCUCCACAGGGAUCAACUCGGCACUCAUGCGCCUUCAGCUCGACACACCGCUUCUCCAGUCCUUGGGUCUAGUUCGUGAUACAUUCGCCCGUAUGGGCAUUCGGAAGCAGACUAAUCUCUUGUACCGACAAUCUAACUAUAACCUUCUGCGAGAAGAAUCCGAGGGAUAUUCCAAACUCCUCACCGAGCUCUUCACAACCAGCAACAAUGAACCUCCAUCCAGUGAAGUUGUUGAAGAUACUUUUGAGAGGGUCAAGGCAAUGAUCGGCGCAUUUGAUAUGGAUGUCGGUCGCGUUCUUGACGUCACAUUAGAUGUUUUCGCCGCUGUACUUGUGAAGCAAUAUCGAUUCUUUGUUAAGCUGUUAAGAGCCAGUUCUUGGUGGCCCAAGGAGGACACAUUUGAUACAGCUGAUGGUGAUCAUCGUGAUUCCGGUCUUCCAAACUGGGCGCUACCAGGUUCUGCGGGAUGGGUUACGACUGACGAAGAACGGGCUGCAUUAGUACACCUGAACGAACACCGUGACAAAGAGUUUUGGAAGCGAGUCAAAGAGAUUGGUAUUCGGGCUUUCUUCGAGAUUGGACGUAAGCCAGUCUCUGAAGAAGACCUGAAACGGAUGAUUCCCGAAAGCAAUAGUCUGUCGGAAGAAGAGGCGGAAACGCGUAAAUGGAUUGAAGCCACGGGAACUUUGCCACCUAAGGGAAAUAGAGUGGCAGCACAGCUUCUCGGGUUCAAGCUUCGCUUCUACUCAUCUCGGGCUCGGAAUAAAUCGGACAUCCUUCCGGAUAACCUCAUCUAUCUGGCAGCUCUGUUGAUCAAAGUAGGGUUUAUGUCCCUACGUGACUUGUACCCUCACCUUUGGCGACCGGAUGAUUCUAUGGAUAUUCUAAAAGAUGAGAAAUUAAAAGAAAAAGCAGAAAGGGAGAGAGCGGCGCGCCCUGGCGGAGGUGUCAAUGCGUUGAUGAUGGCUGGUGCAUUGUCGGAUGAUACUCUACCUACUCCUCGCAUUCGGGAAUCCGAGACGCGAUCAGCAACUCCUGGAAAAGACCAAGACACGGAGAAGUCGACACCAGCGAAGGUCGAGGAAGACGAGCUCCCGGAGCCGUCGGACCAGAAGGUUAUGCUUCUCAAGAGCUUACUGGUUAUUGGUGCACUUCCUGAAUCUCUUUUCAUACUCAGCAAAUUCCCGUGGCUUAUGGACGUUUACCCGGAACUUCCCGAGUAUAUUCACCGUAUUCUCCAUCAUUGUUUAAGCAAGGUCUACGCUUCAUUGCGCCCUCUGCCUUCUGUAGAUGAACUCAGAGAGCAGAAGCAGAUUCUGAGUCCAGACCAGUCCGGCGUACCAAAGGGCCAGAUUCGGUUAACUCAAGCACCGCCCAGACGUGUGCUUCGGUGGGCUCAGCUUGAUAAGGAAGACACAAACGACGGAACUGAUUAUAGAUUCUACUGGGACGACUGGGCCGAUAACAUUCCUCUGUGCCAGAAUGUUGACGACGUUUUUGCACUCUGCUCUUCUUUCCUUAACAUUUCCGGGCAUAAAAUUGGCCAGGACGCGAGUUUAUUGACAAAACUUGCAAGGAUUGGCAAAGACAGUCUUAGUAAAGACGACUCACUGGAGAACAAGGCCCGGUGGAAAGACCUUUGCAAACGCCUUUUAGUCCCCGCAAUUAGUUUGACCAAGGCAAACCCCGGUGUUGUCAACGAGGUAUUCGAUCUGGUCAGCUUCUUCCCCCGUGAUACCCGAUACAAUAUGUACGCAGAGUGGUAUUAUGGGCAAACCUCUCGCCUUCCGGAUAUCAAGUCGGCAUUUGACCAGGCGAGAGCGGAAACGAAGGACGUCCUCAAGAGGUUAAGUAAGACAAAUAUUCGACCGAUGGCUCGUGCAUUGGCUAAGAUUGCGUACGCGAACCCGGGAAUUGUUAUCAACGUCGCUAUCAGCCAAAUCGAAUCUUACGAAAAUCUUAUCGAAGUUGUGGUGGAGUGUGCACGUUAUUUCACCAACCUCGGGUACGACAUCUUGACAUGGGCGUUGAUCAAUUCACUUGGCCAAAAGGGAAGAAGCCGUGUCCAGGAGGGUGGAUUACUGACCAGCCGUUGGCUAAAUGCGCUGGCAACUUUCGCGGGUAGAACAUUCAAGCGGUACUCGGUGAUGGACCCUACUCCAGUACUGCAAUACGUUGUUGAACAGCUCCGACAUAAUAACUCUACUGAUCUCAUUGUCCUAGAGCAAAUGAUCAGCUCUAUGGCAGGUAUUAUUACCGAUACCAACUUUAACGACUCUCAAAUACAGGCCAUGGCAGGUGGCGAGGUCCUUCAGGCCCAAACAAUCUUACAGCUAUUGGAUCGACGGCACGAGUCCAAAACCACAUCAAGACGACUACUAAAAUCGUUGACCGUUUCGAAGCUCGCCGGUCAGUUGCUAAUUGCAAUUGCCCAGGAACGUUGGACGUGUAUUUUCAAGGAAUCAGAGGCUUCCUCAGAACUUAAACUGCUGGGUAACGUUUUUGACGAGAUCCAUCGAGUCCUUGCUCAGUAUCUCGACCUCCUCCGCAGUAAUAUGUCGGUGGAGGAAUUUGAUUCCUUUGUCCCCGACCUCGCAUCAUUGAUUAGUGAGUACGGUGUACAGCCCGAGAUAGCUUUUUGGAUUCGACGACCAAGUGUGGCCAAGAAGAUAUCCGACAGCGAGAGAAUAAUGCAGGAAGAUGAAGCAGUGGUGUCGAAAAGUGGUGAUAGCGAGGAGCAAUCUCCACCUCAAGGCGAAGCCGAUAAGAUGGAGACGGAUGAAGGAGAAGCAACAGCCCCGAACGGCGAGCAGUCUGCUGAAAAUGCUAUGGAUGUUGAUAAAGACCAGUCUGAACAGCCUACUGGGACUGACGCGGUAAAUAAGAUGACAGAACAAGCUAUCGCCACCGCCUCAGCUACUCCGGAAACUCCUUUGAAUCCUGUCAUGCAAGACCUUCAGGAUCAAGUAAAGUCGGCCCUGCCUUCUGAAACCUGGGGCGUCGUUGGGCUAUACUUCUAUGUCACCUUCUGGCAGCUGUCGGUUUAUGACGUGCAUGUGCCCCAAAAAGCGUAUGAAGACGAAAUAGACCGCCAGAAGAAGAAGGUAAUCUCCAUUGGCCAUGACCGAUCUGAUAUUAGCCUGGCUGGAAGUCAGAGAAAGGAACGGGAAAAGAAGCAGAUCACUCAGCUUCAAGACCGGAUAUUGGAGGAGAACAAGGCCCAUUUGAAAUCUUAUGGCCAGACAAGAGCAAAGCUGCAGAAGGAAAAAGAUCGAUGGUUCGCUGGGAUGCGCGGAAAGCACGAUUCAUUGAACGUUGCCUUGCUAGAGCAGUGUUUUUUGCCCCGCCUGCUGUUGUCUCCCAUUGACGCAUUCUAUUGUUUCAAGCUCCUGAAAUUUCUUCAUACCUCUGGAACGCCCAACUUCCGGACUGUCGGUCUCCUAGACCAAUUAUUCCGAGAACAGAGACUUACUGCUCUGAUUUUCCAGUGCACUUCAAGGGAAGCUGAUAACCUUGGUCGCUUUUUGAGCGAGAUCAUUCGCGACCUUGGUCGUUGGCACGCUGACAAGACCGUCUACGAGAAGGAAGCGUUUGGAAAUAAAAAGGACCUUCCUGGAUUUGCUAUGACUGUCGACCCGGAAGGCAAACCGACGACGUUCUUAGAGUAUGAGGAUUUCCGUCGACUAUUGUACAAAUGGCACCGUCUUCUGGCUGCUGCCCUCAAAACAUGCUUGAACGGCGGCGAAUACAUGCACAUCCGUAAUGCUAUUAGUGUCCUCAAGGCGGUUGUUCAAAACUUCCCUGCCGUGAACUGGAUCGGCCGCGACAUGUUGACUAGCGUGAACAAUCUCAGCCAGAAUGAUGAACGAGAUGAUGUAAAGAUUCCGGCAGCCUCUCUGAUUGGAGACCUCAACCGACGCGAAAAGAAAUGGAUGCUUCCCCAGGCCUUUAUGAUAACUAGCCAACCGGCAGGAAAGGGUAAUCCCCCAAAGACUGAGCCAGCUGAGAAGACCGCAAGUGGAAAGCCCGGAACGCCACGGCUUCAAUCUUCCACUCCAGGUUUGAAUGCUUCUGCGGCCGAGUUCAAACCAACCAACGAACCCGAGACUGCUUCCAGGUCGGAACCGAUUACGAAGACGGAAGUCGAAGAUGGGGAGAUUGAAGAUGCAAAGAUGACUGAUGUCGCCACGAAGGCCACGGCGGACACAGAUAAAACGGCACAGAAGCCGUCUGAACAAGCCGAUACUACGACCUCUCCCACAACGGAACCGACUGCUAUUCAGACACAGCAGACAAGCAGCACUGAGACAGCAACCGGCGAGAAACCUGCCACUCCAGCUACCGAACCUCCUACUACUGCGCAGGCCGCCGCCGCUCCCUCGACAUCAGCUGCACCUCAUGCCCCCCCGAAGGGUCCUGAACCUAGUCGGCAAGCAAAUAUUCCCCGACGCCCUGACACAGAACGAGGGCCGCCCGGCAAUCAAAAUAUGCGCUCGCAGACGCAUACACCCAACCGUCCUUACCGAGACGAUGGAAGGUUGCCGCCACGACCUGACCUUUUGGACGACAGGCGCGAUAGACAUCCAGAUUAUCCUCGAGGCGGCCGCUACGCCAGCGAGCAUGAUUACAAUAGACCAUUCGAACAGCCUAUAGGUGAUGGUAGAGGCUAUGGUCGUCUCGAUCGCGAGUAUCCUCUAAGACCAUCUAUGGAUGAGCCGUUCCGUGGUCCUCCGUAUCGUGAAGGGCGUGUCCCAAGAGAACCGGAAUGGCCAGAUCGCGCUGGGCGUUUGCGUCCUUCUGACGCCCGGGACGCGCCAUCUGUCGCACGCUCUGGUCCACCAACGCACCCGGAUCGCGCCGAGAUGAUACACGACCACCCUGACAGGGAAAGCUACCGACGUGGGGAGGCUCUGCGACAAGAGAAGGACGAUCGGAGGUCUCUGCCAUCGAGAACAUUAUCCCCCCCACGAGUGGAACUUCCAAACCGCCCGGAACGGUUCCCGGAUGACCGCCGCUCAGGUAACUUCGCACAAGCACAUGCACGGCAUGAGGACCUGCCGACUGGACCUCGCAGCGAACGGCUUGGACGACCUCCUAUGGACGGUUCCGACUCGAGAGACGCUGAUCUGAGCCAUGGACGCCUGCGUCAGCCGGAUCCUCCUGCCGAGAUUCCAUCUGGACCUCGGGGACGAAACGCACCUGGAAGAGGAGGACGAGGGGGGCCUGCGUCUUCCAACGGCCCGAACGCACCUAACGAACGUCAACCGCCCACUGGGCCAGGUCGGCAGGGCAUGCGAGCUGGUCCUGACCACUCUGCACCCGCGGCCCCAUCAUCACCUGGCCCGGAGAAGCUCGACACUAGCGGUAUCCAUCCAGACCGCCUGAAGAACCUUCAACCACAGCCCACGGAUGGCGCCUUUGCAGGGCCCAUGCGCUCCAGCCACCCUUCUUCUCCCGCAUCCGUUGUUCCACCAUCCGGGCCUCGUAGUGCUCUUGGACCUCCGCAAGGACCAUCCUCCCUCAAUCGUGGACCGCCACAAGGUCCUGGUUUUGGCGGUGAACGAGGUCGUGGGGAUAAGCGGUUCGCUGGGAUCAACACCAUGCUGCAACAAUCCGGGGGACCUGGGGAGCGUGCAGGCCCUGGCCCAACGAUUCGUGGCCGAGGUGCCAACCGGCAGCCUGGUGGUAUAAGCGGCCCUUCUCAAGCCCCUGGGGCUCCUGAGGAAGCCGGUCGUUUAGGCCCACCAGCACAGAAUCGGCUUGACCUCAUGGCCGGCCGGCCCUCUACCUCUUACCCUGAGGAUGAUGGACAAUCCCGAAACCGGCCUGCUGGAGCUCGCGGUGAGCCUGUUGAGGAGUCUGGAUCCGAGUCGCGGAGAUCCAUGCGAUACUCAGGCCACGACCGGGAAAGAGAACGCGACAGAGAACGGGACCGUGACCGCGACAGGGAUCGGGAACGCGAGCGUCGGGCAGGCGAGGAAGAGGGAACGCGGAGUAGCAGCCGGCGAGAGGAGUACCGAGACCGGCCGCGAGAUUAUGAGCGUGAGCGCAGCCGUAGGAGUGAUGCAGGUGCAAGUAACACCCGGGAAGAACGAUACGAGUCCCGUGAAGCGUCACGCCGCGGGGCGGGAUCUGACAAUCGUCGUCGACGGGAUCGAGACGAUGCAUCCGACGCCGCCCAGAGUCAGGAACAUGAAGGGCGGCUACGCCCUCCCUCUUCUCUUGGUGGACAGCCACCUCCGCCCCCUCCGCCACCUCUCCCAGGAAACGCCGAAGAUGAUCGGCGCUGGGGCGGUCGGGAAAUGCGCGAUCGAGACCGGGACCGGAAUCGGGAUCGCCAGCGUGAUCGAGAUUAUAACCGCGAUGGUGGUAGCGGAGGCUCUCAUCGGAAGCGUGGACGACCCGGAGGCGAUGAAAGUGGACACGGCGACGGUGGUGGCCGUGGGGGCAUGAGAAUGGGAGGUGAGAGUAAACGACCUCGACGAGGGGCGUGAAGAAAAUUUAGAUUUCAUGUGCAUUCUCGGUUGAGUUCUAACCUUUGUCUUUCUUUUUCCCACGGUGAUUUCUUUUCCUUAUCUCUGUUUACAUAACGCAUCUAUGCAUUGUUGGACGGUGUUCAAAUCUUUCUUGCAUUGGGAUAACCUUCUCGGCUCUUGUUGGAGUCCAUGUGUAUUCUCUACAUUUCUUUAGCGUCUUGGACGGAUACCAGCUUAACGUAUGUGGAUAAUGAUACACUUUAAUCCGGAAUGG